AUGGAAGGUACGCCUCGUAUGCUCUUAGGCACGCUUUUGGCGUUUGUGCUGUACCGGCUAUGGGUCAUAAUCUACCGACUGUACUGUCACCCACUUGCCAAGUUUCCUGGCCCGAAGCUCACAGCUGCAACAUACCUGGUCUCUGCGUACUACGAGCUGUUUCAUGAGGGAGGAGGUCAGUUUCAGCAAGCUUACCGCCAGUGGCAUGAUCAAUAUGGCCCAAUCAUAAGAAUCGACCCAGACCAGCUUCACAUACGGGACUCUUCCUGCUACGACACAAUCUUCUCAUCCACACGCCCAGCUCGCAAGAUCAAGAACUUUGGCGUCCGCCUAAACAACGAGCUUGCAGCGUUUGGCGCUGAAGACCCUGCUACACACCGCACUAGGCGUCCUGGUCUCAACAUCUUCUUCUCACGCCGAAAGGUCGCAGAGCAUGGAGCUCAGAUCCAGGCCUUGAUGGACCGGCUACUCUCUCGUGUGCGCGUAGAGUACUAUGCGACUGGUCAGCCUCUUAAUAUCAGGAAGAUGUGGGAGUGCUUUGCGUCCGAUAACAUCAUGAACUUCGCCUUCAACCAGCAGAGCGGUUUCAUCGAAACGCCAGGCUUUAAGUCUACUAUCAAUGAAGCUAUGUUCAACAUUACCGAGCAGCUUCAUUGGUUCUAG